AUGGCGUCUGCAAUGCUGGGAGCUGAGCUGAGCUGCUCCAUCUGCCUGAGCACUUACACAGACCCUGUAUCCCUGAGAUGUGGACACAUCUUCUGCCAGGACUGUAUUGUGAGGGUGCUGGAUACACAGGAGGGGGAUGGGGGCUAUUCCUGUCCGGAAUGCAGGGCUGAGUAUCAGGAGCGCCCGGCACUGGAGAAGAACAGGAAGCUGAGUAACAUUGUGGAAUGUUUCCUAUGUAGUCACCCAGAGCCGGAGGAGACCCAGAUCUUCUGUACUUACUGUGACUCUCCUGUGCCGGCUACUAAAACAUGUCUGCAGUGUGAUGCUUCAUUUUGUGAUAAACACUUGAGCAAACACAGUAAAUCCGCUGAACAUGUUUUAACUGAACCCACUGUUUCCCUUGAGCACAGAAAAUGCUUCAUACACAAGGAGAUUGUAAAGUAUUACUGCUGUGAGGACUCAGCGCCAAUCUGCAUAUCCUGCUGGGUGACUGGAGACCACCGGGGUCACCAUGUGGAGCUUCUGAAUGUGGCCUCUGAAAAGAAAAAAGAGACACUGAGAAAUGUUACGGAGACCCUGAAGUCUGAGAGAGAAGAGACUGAGAGGAGAGUGCAGCGUCUGCAGGAUCACAGGAGAGAGGAGAAGGAGAAAGCCGCCGGUGUCACUGAGAGAGUCACUGAUCUGUUUAGAGACAUCAGGGAGAAGUUAGACACCCUGGAGAGGGGGGUCCUGGGUGAGAUCUCCAGACAGGAAGAGCAGAUGUCACUCUCAGUCUCUGAUCUGAUCACACAGCUGGAGAAACAGAAGGACGAGCUGUCCAGGAAGAUUAGUAGCAUUGAGGAGAUGUGUAACAUCACUGAUCCAUUAACUGUCCUGAAGGAAGAACCAGAGAGUGAUGUCAUCAGUCAGAGGAGCUGUGAUGUCACCAGUGAUGUAAGAGAUACUGGAUGUCUGGAUGAGGCAAUAAUCUCACUGAUGUUACACAGGGGACUUUUACACUUGGUUGAUAAUCUGAUUCAUCUAAAAUCAGAGAAACAGCUCUCUGUGCAGAAAGCAGACAUAUUACUGGAUAGAAAGACAGCCAAUAAUUACAUUAUUAUAUCAGGGGAUCGCAGAUCUGCUUCUGUUACCGAUGUAUAUAAGCAGAGACCAGAUGGACCAGAGAGGUUUCUCUCCCAGCAGGUGUUAAGCUCCUGUAGCUUCUCAUCUGGGAGACAUUACUGGGAAGUGGAUGUGAGUGCAGCAGAUUGCUGGCUGAUCGGGGUGGCCGGUCACAGUAUAGAGAGAAAGAUAUGUGGUAAUGAAUCAUUCAUUGGUUGUAAUGACAAAUCAUGGGGUCUGGAGCGUAAUUAUUACCUUGAAGCAAAACAUAACAAUGUAGAGAAAGACAUAGAAGAAAUAGAUCCAGAUUCUGUGCAGACAGUGGGGAUAUACCUGGACUAUGAGGCCGGGCGUCUGUCCUUCUAUCAGCUGUGUGACCCCAUCAGACACUUACACACCUUCUCCGCCACCUUCACUGAGCCCCUAUUUGCUGCCUUCUAUGUGUAUGAAGAUACCAACAUCAAAUUAGAGUAAAUAGGAGAUUAUUUGGAAGACAAUAUAACAUAUGUAAAACUCACUGUGGAAAAUGAAUGACUUAAUAUUAUAUUACUUAGGUUUUUCUUUGGAUUUUUUUUUCCCACUAAUAAUCAAGAACAGACCAAAUACCAUUGUAAAGGCGAGAGCUACUGUAUUUGUUGUAUAAUUAUCGUGUGUUUAUCAAACAGUAACUCCUAUCCAGAACUUUGGGGUAAACUAAGUUAUAAUAACAUAUAAAGUUCUGUAUAACGUGGGUGCAGAGUUCCCCUGAUCAGCAGACUCCAGCGGUCAGUGAUCCGGUGCUGGUCUGUUACCUGCUACUAGGGAGGGUCUAUGCCAGGCAGACAGUGCUGGUGGUGAUGCCGCCCUCUGUAGGGCGCCUCGUUCAUUAGGGUCCCAGGAGAGGGUCAUAAACAUCAUCUUCAUCUGUGUUUAGGACAGGCCUCCACUGUAGCAGAGAACAGAGCUGAAGUUACCAUUGGAGGCUACAGCAUACCUCCCAAGUGUCCCGAUUUUCGCAGGACAGUUCGGUUUUUCAACAAUAUACAUUAAGAUGCAUUUUCACUGUCCAUCGACCAUCGAUGGUUCCAAAUUAUCGAUGGUUUAUGGCUGAUGGCAAAUACUUUUGCCAUUGAUGGGGGACAACCAGAUGGUUUCCCACCAUGGAUGGUACAGAGCCACCCGAAGGUUCUUUUUUUUUUUCUUUCUUCAAGGUGAUUGGACACAGAGCAUAACUCAACCCCCUGACACCUAUGAAGUCCUGUUCCCAGGUUCUAAUUAGCCCACGGGCCGGUAAGUGAAAGAAUAGGUAUAACCAUUGAUAGAGUUAAUUCUAAAAUUCUAAAUAAUAAUUUAUGCUAACCUGCAGAGCUGAAAAUGAGCAGAACCUGUACGCAAAUACAGUAUUUUAACAUAUUUCUAUGUAUUCUCCCCAAGAGACUUCUAUGUGUCCAUUGUUUUGCAGUAACAAGAUAAUAUAAUUUUACUGUUACAAAGUCA